AUGGAAGAGGCGACACCGAAGGUCAUUGCACAUGUGGACGAGGUGCUUCAGAGCCAUCAAGUGGAACUCUUGGAGCGCCUGGAGCUUUGGCUCCAGGCCUUGGAUGCUCGUCUUCUGGAGAACCGCAACACCCAGGUGCACUGGCAGCGCGCUGGUGGCAUGCCGGAGGAUGCCUCGUUGUCGUCGAAGGAGCUGGGGAGGGUCACCUCGGUGGCCUCGGAGGGAAGCUUUUUGGGGAAGCGGCGCCGCUCCCCGCUUCCGCGUGUCCAGCACACCCCGAGCCUGAACAGCUACGACAAGGCACGUUUGGCUCACAGCCGCGUGGUUGAAGAAGCCGAGAAGAAAAACAUGCAGCUGCGCGAGUCCAGGAGUGCGAGUCUGCAUGUAUGUCAGCACUACGCGCAGGCGAUCGUCGAUUCUAAAUUCUGCACAUUUCUCUUCGGCUUUGCAGUGCUCACGAACUCGCUGCUUUUGGGCAUUCACUUGGAAUGGCAGGCCGUAACCAGAGACUUUUCCUCGGGGAUUGAGUUCUUCACGACUUUGCACACUAUGUACUCGCUGCUGUUCACUCUGGAAGUUUGCUUGCGGCUGACGGCUGAUGGGUGCAGGAAGUAUGUUUGGAAAUCGUCUGACUGGGCUUGGAAUUGGCUAGACAUUUUCGUGGUGAUGUCUUCCUGGGUGGAGCUGGCAUCGGAGCUGCUCAACAAUCGGCACAGCAGCACCUCUACCAACAGCAACCUGCGCAUCCUCAGGCUCUUGCGUGUGGGCAAGCUGGUGCGUGUCGUACGUGUGUUCCGCGUGGUCAAGUUCUUCCGGAGUCUGCGGACUCUGGUCCAAUCAUUGAUGGCGACGAUGAAAUCACUGUUCUGGGCCAUGAUUCUACUGGCGCUCAUUAUCUAUAUCUUUUCUAUUUUGUUUACAGACGCCGUCAUCGACUACGUGCGUGAAACGGGCGUCGUGGAGAUGAACGAUACAGUCUUGGAGCAAUCUUUCGGAACACUCUAUGAGUCGUACUUGACGCUUUUCCGAUCGAUUUCAAACGGAGUCACAUGGGGUGAGCCAGCAAAUGCCCUGUCGAAAAUUCCCGAAGGAAACAUCUGGGUGCAGCUCUUUCACUUCUACAUUGCCUUCUGCAGCUUCGCCGUCCUCAAUGUCAUGACUGGAGUUUUCUGCAACAGUGCUAUCAAAGCAGCCGAACGUGACCAUGAAAUGUUAGUGAUGUCGUUGGUCCAGAGCCGGAUCGAGCUGAAGGGCCAAGUUGCUAAUCUUUUUCAAAGGAUCGACGAACGAGGAUUGGGCCAGGUGACAAUCGAAGACUUUGAGAAACAUUUUGACGAUGAUGCUGUUAUCGCCUUCUUUGAGUCAUUGGAAGUUGGUGCCAUGGAUGCAUGGACGUUAUUCAUGAGUUUGGACGUGGAUGGUGACCACACCAUCAGUGUUGAGGAGUUCACAGAGCGCUGCCUGAAGCUUCACGGCCCAGCUCGCUCAGCAGAUCUUUAUGCGCUGCGGCACCUUUCGGACAAGCACUCCAAGCAGUUGGAUCACAUCGAAGACUUUCAGAAGCGUUGCAACAAACGGCUGGACCAGCUGUCCAGAGCGAUGUCUGUGCACGCAAAGGGGGUCGACGACGACGAAGAUACGGAGGUCCUGAAGAACUGGCUAUAG